AUGGCGGAUGUGGAUUCUUCUGUGCAGUUUGGGUCUGAAUUGAAGGACGCUUUCAAACCCAUCAAUGCUUGGGUCUCGAACGGAAUUGGAUGGCUGGAUGAGAUCCAGCAGUUCUACCGUGAACGAAGUGCAAUCGAGAAGGAAUAUGCCACGAAACUUACAGCAUUAUGUCGGAAAUACCAUGAGCGCAAGGCAAAGAAGUCGAGUAGCCUGAGCGUUGGGGAUACCCCAACACUAACACCCGGUUCCCUAGAAUGUGCGUCAUUGACUACCUGGUCUACUCAGCUCACGGCUAUUGAGGCGGAGGCUGCAGAACGAGAUCGUUUUGGCUCAGAUUUGGUCUAUCAAGUCGCAGAGCCCCUCAAACAGGCUGCAGCACGGUUCGAAGAGCUCCGAAGAAAUCAUGCUGAGUAUGCUAGCAAGCUGGAGAAGGAACAAGAAGCCACCUAUAGUGAUUUGAAGAAGGUAAAAGGUAGAUAUGAUGGGACUUGCCAAGAAGUAGAAAACCGACGGAAGAAGACUGAAUCUGCAUUCGAUCACGGAAAACAUAAGGCGCAGGUUGCAUACCAACAGCAGAUUCUUGAAAUGAAUAACGUGAAGAACACCUAUUUGAUUUCUAUAAACGUAACCAACAAACUGAAAGAGAAAUACUAUUAUGAGUAUGUCCCGGAAUUGCUUAAUGGAUUACAAGAUCUCAAUGAAACCAGGGUUGCGAAAUUAAAUUCGAUUUGGCUGCUGGCUGCCCAGCUGGAAAAAUCGACACUGGCAAAGUCUGAGGAGCAUAUUUCCCAUCUCAUUUCUGAAAUCCCGCGGAAUGAACCCAGACUCGAUUCUACGAUGUUCGUUCGGCACAACAUGUCAAACUGGCAGGAUCCUGCCGAUAUACAAUUUGAACCAAGCCCUAUAUGGCAUGACGAUGCUACCAUGGUCACAGACGAGACGGCGAAGAUCUUUCUUCAAAACAUACUUACAAGAAGCAAAGCUCAGGCGAAAGAACUAAAGGUGGAGGCAGAUAAGAAGAGGAGAGAGGUCGAAAAGGCAAAAAGGAUACGGCAGAGCGUCCGUGACGGUAAGGAUAAGAGAGAUGAAGCAGAAGUUGUUCGGUCCAUAUUUGCCAUGCAAGAGGACCUUCACCUUUUGGACCGCAAACGAUUGACAGCAGAGGUUGAAACUUCAACUAUCACAUCCGUUGUCGGUGAUUUAUCCUUUGGAGCAAGGAGCCAUAAUUUUCGAUCACAAACAUUUAAAAUUCCCACAAAUUGUGAUCUAUGUGGUGAGAGGAUCUGGGGCUUAUCCGCUAAGGGGUUCGACUGUCGAGAUUGUGGCUACACUUGUCAUAGUAAAUGUGAAAUGAAAGUGCCAGCAGAAUGUCCGGGUGAACAGAAUAAAGAGGAGAAAAAGAAGCUGAAGAUUGAACGACAAGAAGCUGCUGGCUCAGGAACUGCAAUUGAUCUCCCGAUGUCGCCAAAUGGAGCUUCUGAACCACCAGCAUUGAGCCGCAGAGAUACCAUGAACUCUUUAAGCUCGGGAUAUGCUGCCAGCACGGCCCGCUCGACAUCUGUUGUCUUAAACCCGCAAACAACUGAAGCAGGAGCGGUAGAGGUUCCUGAAUCUCUUCCGGCUGCUACCAAAUCCGCGACAAAACCCUCUAUAGGAGCCCGGAGGAACAGGAUUGUUGCUCCUCCUCCAGCACAGUAUGUCAGUGCGCCUCCUCCACCAUCUGAAGAAGCAGAGUCUGGUGGCCGGGCUGGCUUUUCUCCAAAGUCGAACGAACCAAGAGGAAAAAUGUUAUAUCCGUACGACGCCAACGGUGAGGACGAAAUUACAGUUGGGGAAGGCCGGGAGGUUAUUAUUGUUGAGCCAGAUGACGGAUCCGGCUGGAUGCGUGUACGUGCAGGAACUCGUUCCGGCCUCGUUCCUGCCUCCUACGUGGAAACUAUGUCAACCCCGUAUUCCUCCGUAUCAACUAGCCCCAACCUCCCCAAGCGCCCGGGAUCUGCGUACUCUACCUCCAGCGCCUCACUAGCGGGCAGUGCUGGGGGCAAACGUCGCGGCCCAGCCGUGACACCUAAGCGUGGAGCUAAAAAGUUACAAUAUGUGGUUGCCCUAUAUGCCUACGAAGCGCGCAGUGAUGCAGAAUGGAGUAUGGAGGAGGGGGAUAGAUUCGUGCUUGUGAAUCGAGAUAGUGGGAAUGGGUGGUCUGAUGUUGAGAAGGGGGGACAGACGAAGAGUGUACCUGCGAAUUAUAUUGAGGAGGUGUAG